CUACAGCCUGCGCAAUUAGUGAUCUUCUUAUUCUGGUUAGGUCUGGCUUUCGAUUGUUCUCCUUUGAUGGGUUAUGCAAGCGGGUCUUGGCCUCCCCUUCCAGGCGAAUGGGUUUUCCCGGGACAGGAAGUGAAGCCCCGCACCGAGCACCGAGCAAACCUGGCCAUUCCCAGGAGCCGCUACUGCCGCCGCCGCCGCCGCUGCUCCUUAAGGGUCACCGCCAGGCGUGUACGUGUUGCCAGUCGGCUUCCCAUGAGUCACGUGCGAGGCCCUUCGCGCCGCGAUUGGCGGGCCUGUGGCCGACGCCUCCGUUCUGUCCUGCCGCCCGCCGCCUGGUCUUGGCGGCCGCAGAGGAGGAGGAGGAGGAGGAGGAGGAGGAAGGGGCUGCCAUGGCUGAGCAGCGCAGCAGGGAGCGGAUCCUCUGCCUCUUCGAUGUGGACGGGACCCUCACCCCGCCUCGCCAGAAAAUUGAGCCAGAAGUAGCCGAGUUUCUGGAAGAGCUGCGUAAGAGAGUGAUGAUUGGUGUAGUGGGGGGCUCCGACUACGCCAAGAUAGCUGAGCAGCUUGGAGAAGGGGAUGAAGUCAUCAACAAGUUUGAUUACGUCUUUGCGGAAAAUGGCACUGUGCAAUACAAGAAUGGACAACUAGUCUCCAAGCAGGCUAUUCAGGACCACCUCGGAGAGGAACUUCUACAAGAACUGAUCAACUUCUGUCUCAACUACAUAGCACUACUAAAGUUACCCAAGAAACGAGGGACCUUCAUAGAAUUCCGCAAUGGAAUGCUGAACAUCUCUCCCGUUGGUCGAAGCUGCACUAUGGAGGAGCGAAUAGAGUUUUCAGAGCUGGACAAGAAAGAGAGGAUCCGAGAGAAGUUUGUAGCUGCCCUGCAGAGGGAGUUUGCCGACAAGGGUCUGCGGUUUUCCAGAGGUGGCAUGAUUAGUUUUGACGUCUUCCCAGAGGGCUGGGAUAAGCGCUGUUGCCUCGAUAUCCUUGAUGAGGAAAGAUUUGAUAUCAUACAUUUUUUUGGGAAUGAGACAAGUCCUGGUGGGAAUGAUUAUGAAAUCUAUGACGAUCCUCGGACAGUAGGACAUAGUAUCCAGUCUCCCCACGACACAGUCCGAAGGUGCCAUGAGAUCUUCUUUCCAGAGACAGUGAACGAAUCUUGACUCACAGGCUUUCUGCUGCAAUUCUUCAUCACUCUAAGGAGACCUUCACUCACCUCCUGAAAGCACCUUCUGGAUCUCUCCGUCUGUACUGAGCCCAAGGGUCAAAAUGCACUUUGAAAACAGAGUGGCAUGUUGAAGGAUGAUAUUCCUGAAUCAUCAGUAGCACCACCUCUUAGUACUUGAGACUCGCAGAAUCAGAAUUUCUGCGCCCACCUAUACCCCUCACCAAAAAACACAGGGUAUAAUUUUAUUCUUAAAGGGAUGCAUGUGCUGUUCUUGCUAAGGCCUUUUGGGGGAAAGACAAUCAUCAGAGCCUAACCUCCCUCCCCCCCAAAAAACACAUUCUUACAAACUAAUAACUUUCUGAGAUUAAGGUCUAUAAGGAUUCUUUAACUUAAAAAAAAUAAAAGUAGCACUCCUUGAGUUUUCCAAGUUCAGGACUUACAAUCAUCGAAUCAUAGAGUUAGAAGAGACCAGAAGGACUAUCCAGUCGAACCCCCUGCCAUGCAGGGAAUGCACAAUCAAAGCACUCCCGACAGCUGGCCAUCCACCUCAAAGGUUUUUAAAAACCUGUUGCAUAUUUUCAUAGUGCUGAAGAGUCAAGAUAGUCAGUUAAUGGUUCUAAAACUGGUUUUAAACAAAUAGUUAUGUUAAAUAAUGCAUAUGAUAAAGGAGGGCGUGACUUUUAAAGGUAAAUAAUGGCCCUGAUCCAGCUCUAGUUGUGCUCAAGAAAUUUAUUCAUGACCAGUUGGGUCAGAACAAGGAUGCGAUGAGUACUUGCACAUCCUAUCAAAAACAACAGGAUGUCCUCAAGGACAUCCUUGCUAGGACAGAGAUCCGAUUUAUGCCUGUGGUACCCAAUCUAGCACACGAUGCAUUUGAAGAACCCUGCUUCUCCACAUCGAUCUCUCUUGCUGAACUGGAAAGAAUGGAAAAUCAGAUAUUUUAGCUGCUUUAAUUGAAUCAAGUCUCAACUAAUCUCAACUAACACCCUUUGAGAUGUCACAGCCUUAGGCUGUAAUAGAAAAGAAUAGGAAAUGUAAGAACUUGUAAAAAAUCAUUUGAGUUACAUGUUUGUUACCACAAUUAAAAAGGUACUGGUGUUAAAGGUAGUCCAGGGACAGAACCAUAUGCAAACUAAAUUAUAGACUUGUUAACAUAUUAGUGACUCCAAAUGAACUAAAUGAGAUUAAUUUAUGGUAAAUGUUUACAAUUUGAAACCUCUUGUGCUUGCCUCACCAUUCAUUCGACAUGAUUAAUGUAGACAAAAUUUGUUUUCUAUUUUCUAAUGCAAGGGCAAGUCGCACACUGUCACUUAUUCCACACCAGGCUUUCUUUAUUAAUUAUAAAGCAAUUGAAAAAAUCAGCUGUUCUAACACAGAAAGAUGGUUUUAAAGAGAAAUUAUGACAAGAAUGAUAGUUAAGUGUGAAAGUUGCAUCCUCUGUGUUGCCUCUCCCUAGAUACUGUCCACAUAGGAUUAUAUACAUUCCACACACUGUGUUGUAGAAACAUUGUAGUCUUUGAUAUUUUGCGUUCACUUUUAGAAAAUCUAGCAUCUAGUCAUCAUACCUGCAUUAUUUUAUUUAUUUAUUGCUGUCAAGUUGCAGCUUACUUCUGGCAACCGUGUAGGAUUUUCAAGGCAAGACACUUUGGGUGGUGGGUUGCCAUCAUUUACCUCUGUAUAGCAACUCACCAAUCCUCCAAAUACUAAGCAGGGUUGAUGCGCAGAGGUGGAGCUUCCACGGGGCUGUCUGGGGACAAAUGCCCUGGGCAGGCCCCCGUUCAGUCACGUGGGGGUAGAAAAUCGCCCCACACACCCCUCCUCCUUCCCCCCUCAACCCAGCCCCACCAGGCUGUUCCUUCAGCUAGCUGAAGGAGUGGCCUGGCAGGGCCGCCGCAGGGUGCCCCUCGGCCCCGCCCCGCCAGGUUGCCCGAGAUUGCUGCUGCCAAUUAAGGUAAAUGGGGCGGGGGGCGCUGGAGCAGGUGUUGCCCCAGGUGCCAUUUUCCCUAGCUAUGCCUCUGCUGACACGGCUUAGGUUCCACGACAAGGCUGAGCUAGUCAGUCAAGGCCAUGCUGCAUAGACAGUGUUAAAAAAAGAAUUGCAUGUUAGGACUUUAGUUCCCUUUGUAUCUGUCUAUCGCCUAGUCUCCAUUACCUCCUCCAUGUUUGGUCCUCUCUCAUCAUUCUCUCACACUACUACUUAAAAAAUAUACUGAAGUUCUUAAUUCAAACAAAUUAUGUAUUUACGAUUGGUGUUGUGCACCAGGUUUGGUGCUUGGCUUGCAAUGUGAUGUAAGCUAACACAUUCUUAUGUAAAUUAUUCAUUCCUAGCAGUAUAUUUCUGCAAUUUCCUGGCUCUUUGAAAUAGGUGCUGCUGUAUAUUCCAUUGUACUGAGAACAUUUUACAUUCUUCAUUGCAAGCAACUUUGGCAAUCACCUAGAAACUGGGAAUGUAGGCAAUGUGAUGGCUUCAAACUGUGGUUCUCAGAGUUACACAGUUCUAAUAUUAGUGAUUAUUGAUCACUGUCACAGGACCUUACCACAUAUUUGCUGAUUACUUCUGCAACAUAUCAAGUUUUCAGCAUCAGCAAUCUCCCUGUCAGCUCUCUGGCAGGCUUGAGAAUCUUGGCAUUGAAGGCAAGGAGCCCUGCAUCAUAUCCAGGAUGCUUUGAAAAGUAUCCUAGUACUGAACCCCUCUUUUUCUUUCAUCUAAAAUAUGUGGUUGUUGAAGACGUUCAUUUUUAUCAUAAAACAGGCGCAUCCCUUAGGGCUGCAUGCAAAGUACAAAUGAGUGCAUGAUGCUGUGGAUGCUCAGAGCUCUUUUUCUUGAUCUUUAAUUGCUUUUGCUACUUCCCCUUCCCUGUCCCACAGCCAGAAGGAGAAGGAGACCACAGGAGCCUUUGUUGGCCCCACAUCCUCCUGCUCCUUCUUGCUGGGACUAAGUACAUCCCACUCCCAAAUGCUAAAGAUACAGCAGCCAUUCUUAAGAAGCUAGCUGAAUAUGUCAUUCCCCAAAGGGACAGGGAGAGGGCAGCAGCAGCCCCGGACUGCAAGCUGUGUCAGCAAUGGAUUUGCUCUGAUGUGACAGCCAGGCACAAGAUAUACAUUGCAUUAUGAAGAGCAUGUCAGUAGGCUUUCUGUGGCAGCAAGUGUGCACUCAUGCUGUUAUAUGAAAGCUUUAGGGAGAAGAACCACAUCUGCAGCAAUUAUGCAGGGCACUUUUCUAUGAAAUGUACCAUCAUUGCCCUUUGCCAUGAUCCUCCAGCAUGGAGAACACUUUGAGCUACUUUUAGGCACAUGGCAUGACUACAUUCAGUAAGACACUGAAUGCGUAAUACAGCCUGGCACUUGCAGCCUGUAAUGCUUACUUGGAUGCCAUAAAUAAGUUAAUAUAUACAUGGAGGAAUGGAGAAGGGGUAGAUAGAUGUUGUAAUCUGUUGCAUCAGUUACAUGUGAAUUCCUGGAUGUCUGGCUUAUUCAAAACAUUGCUGUUUCUAACUUUUGAAGAGGGUGAUUGAGUAUUGGCAAGCCUCUUGUUGAUCACCUUUGGAAGUAUAAAGAUGUCUGGAUUUCUAAGGUGGGCAUGUGUGUGAAAAUUGGGUGUAUAUUGGUAAGCGCGUAACUUUUGCAGCAUUUUUUAUUCACAAGUGUAUGCUAUAUGGUGGCAAGGUAUUAAAAUUAGACAACUGCAUUUUUUAAAAAAUCAAGCAAUCUUUUGUGAGGCUUCUGUGAUUGUAGAUCAAUGUUUGUGUCACUUGAACAGGAGUAAACACACAGCCAGAAACA